CGGCGGGAGGAGCCCCCCAGUAGCAAGAGCAGCAGCAGCAGCAGCAGGACGACGACGAGGAGGAUCCAUGUGUCUUUCCUGGUGACUAGGAUGUCGUCGGAAGAGGACAAGAGCGGGGAGCAGCCCCAUCCGCCGCCGCCGCCGCCGCCGCCGCCGCCGCCCCCUGAGGAGCCGGGAGCCCCGGCGGCCCCGAGCCCCGCAGCCGCAGACAAAAGACCUCGGGGCCGGCCUCGCAAAGAUGGCGCUUCCCCUUUCCAGAGAGCCAGAAAGAAGCCUCGAAGUAGAGGAAAAGCUACAGUGGAGGAUGAUGAUAGCAUGGAUGGGUUGGAGGCAGCAGAAACAGAAAACACCGUUGAAACAGAAGUCAAAGAACAGUCUGCAGAAGAGGAUGGUGAAACAGAAGUGGACAGCAACAAGCAGCGAACCCCAGCUCUCCAGCGCUCAGUGUCUGAGGAAUCCACCAGCUCUACUGUUUCUGUUGGAGUAGAAGCUAAAAUCAGUGAACAACUAUGUGCUUUUUGUUACUGUGGUGAGAGAAGCUCUUUAGGACAAGGAGAAUUAAAACAGUUUAGUCCAACACCGGAAUUCAUCAUACCCUGGAAAAAGCAACCUCUGCACAAGAAGGAUAUCAGUGACAACAGCGAUGGAACCACUGAAAAAAUACAGAACUCAGUGCCACGUAAACAAAGAGGACAGAGAAAAGAACGGUCUCCUCGACAGAGCAUAACAUCAUAUGUAAGUGUAAGCACCCAAACUGCUUCAGAUGAUCAGACUGGUAAAUUGUGGGACGAACUCAGUCUGGUUGGCCUUCCAGAUGACAUCGAUUUCCAAGCCUUAUUUGAGUCUACGGGUCACUUUUGGGCUCAUCACCGUUGUGCAGAAUGGUCUCUGGGAGUAUGCCAGGCUGAAGAACAGGCAUUAAUGAACGUGGACAAAGCUGUUGUCUCAGGGAGCACAGAACGAUGUGCAUUUUGUAAGCACCUUGGAGCCACUAUCAAAUGCUGUGAAGAAAAAUGUACCCAGAUGUACCAUUACCCUUGUGCUGCUGGAGCAGGCACUUUUCAGGAUAUCAGUAAUUUCUCCCUUCUUUGUCCAGAACACAUUGACCAGGCUCCUGAAAGAUCAAAAGAAGAAGCAAACUGUUCAGUCUGUGACAGUCCUGGAGACCUUGGAGAUCAAUUCUUUUGUACUACUUGUGGCCAGCAUUACCAUGGAAUGUGCCUGGACAUAGCAGUCACACCAUUAAAAAGAGCAGGUUGGCAAUGUCCGGACUGCAAAGUCUGCCAGAACUGCAAGCACUCUGGAGAAGAUAGCAAGAUGCUGGUAUGUGAUACAUGCGACAAAGGGUAUCACACUUUUUGUCUUCAACCAGUUAUGGAUUCAGUACCAACAAAUGGCUGGAAAUGCAAAAACUGCAGAAUAUGUGCAGAAUGUGGCACUCGAACCAGCUCUCAGUGGCACCACAAUUGCCUAGUAUGUGACAGUUGUUAUCAACCUCAAGACAAUUUGGCCUGCCCUUUCUGUGGAAAGUGCUACCAAUCAGACUUGCAGAAAGACAUGUUGCAUUGUCACAUGUGUAAAAGAUGGAUUCAUAUAGAAUGUGACAAAGCGGCAGAUACUGAAUUAGAUUCACAGUUAAAAGAAGAAUAUGUCUGCAUGUAUUGUAAACAGUUAGGAGAUAUGGAUCCAGUGCAACCUUGUGAUGAAAUGGAGACUUCUGAACCAAUUCCCCAGCCUGAUACAGAUUCUGUUAACGAAAUGGAAACAGAAGGAGUUGGUGACAGUUUGGUGUUUAUGGACCAAGCUGCAAGAAGCAAUUCUUUACAUCAGGACUCAAUACCUGAAAUUGUUCCAGUUGCAGCUAUCCGUGACUGUGAUGAAGAACAGACUAAUAUGAAGACCAUCAGCCCAUCAGUGGGACUUAGAACAGGCAGUCCUUUAAUUCCUGAUCCCACACAGGAUAAAUUAAGUGCUGAAGUACAAAGUGAAGUUUCUCAUCAGACUGAUAAAGAUGAAAUGGAAAUGUCUCACAAAAUGGUGCAGUCAUAUGAUGAAGGUGGAAAUGAAAACAAGAUGAAUAUGACAGAGAGUGAUGAUGCUCUGACAAAGUCAAAGGCUUCCCCAAAAGACGAGGAACCACAGGCAUUACAGGAAUCGAAGGCGGCAGCAUCCUUUGAAGAAUCACCAUCUCCACAAUUAACACCCGAAAAUAUCAUUGCUGUAUCAGAAAUUUUACCAUCUCCAGGUGAAGAAAAAACUGCUUUAAUUGCAAAUAUUGACUUGGGAAAAGAAAAGGUUCAAGGAGAAAGAGAAAAUAAUGAAAUCUGUAAAGUUUCAUCUGGUAUUGUGGAAAUGGAAUAUUUCCCCACAUUUGACAGUUGUUUAAAAGUUGGUUCACCUUUAGGAGAUAAACCUAUAAAAUCAUCAUCAGAGACAGAUUCAGCAUUUUCAUCAGGAGAUACGAGCAAGACAAAUAUAUGUUCUUCUUCCAUAGUUUCUUUAGACUUGACUUCUGCAAAUGAUAUGCUUUCCAGUGAACCUUCAAAUUCACAUUCUUCUGCUGGAAACAUUAUGCCAACAACUUAUAUCUCAGUCACUCCAAAAAUUGGCAUGGGUAAACCAGCUAUUACCAAAAGAAAAUUUUCUCCGGGUAGACCUCGGUCAAAACAGGGGGCUUGGAGUACCAAUAAUACAGUGAGCCCACCUUCCUGGUCCCCAGACAUUUCAGAAGGCCGGGAAAUUUUUAAACACAGACAGCUUCCUGGCAGUACCAUUUGGAGCAUCAAAGUGGGUCGUGGAUCUGGAUUCCCUGGGAAACGAAGACCUCGAGGUGCAGGACUUUCAGGGCGAGGUGGCCGAGGCAGAUCCAAACUCAAAAGUGGGAUUGGAACUCUGGUUCUUCCAGGGGUCACUUCUAUGGAUAUGUUAUCAAGCAAGGAUGAAGAAGAAAAUUCCAUGCAUAAUACAGUAGUCCUAUUUUCUAGUAGUGAUAAAUUCACUUUACAUCAGGAUAUGUGUGUAGUUUGUGGAAGCUUUGGCCAAGGGGCAGAAGGAAGGCUACUUGCAUGUUCUCAGUGUGGUCAGUGUUACCAUCCAUACUGUGUCAGUAUUAAGAUCACCAAAGUUGUACUUAGUAAAGGCUGGAGAUGUCUUGAAUGCACAGUUUGUGAAGCUUGUGGCAAGGCCACUGAUCCAGGAAGACUCCUUCUUUGUGAUGACUGUGACAUAAGCUAUCACACUUACUGCCUGGAUCCUCCAUUGCAAACAGUUCCCAAAGGAGGCUGGAAGUGUAAAUGGUGUGUUUGGUGCAGACAUUGUGGAGCAACAUCUCCAGGUCCACGAUGCGAAUGGCAAAACAAUUAUACCCAGUGUGCCCCAUGUGCAAGUUUAUCUAUCUGCCCAGUCUGCUCUCGAAAUUAUAGGGAAGAGGAUCUUAUUCUGCAGUGCAGACAGUGUGACAGGUGGAUGCAUGCUGUCUGCCAGAAUUUAAAUACUGAGGAUGAAGUAGAAAAUGUAGCUGAUAUUGGUUUUGAUUGUACUAUGUGCAGACCCUAUGUUGCUACAGCAAAUGUGCCUUCCUCAGACUGCUGUGAAUCAUCAAUUGUUGCACAAAUUGUUACAAAAGUAAAAGAGCUAGAUCCCCCGAAGACCUAUACACAGGAUGGAGUUUGUUUGACUGAAUCAGGAAUGUCUCAGUUACAGAGCCUCACAGUUACAGUUCCAAGAAAAAAACGAUCUAAACCAAAGUUGAAACUAAAGAUCAUAAACCAGAAUAGUGUAGCUGUUCUCCAAACACCCCCAGACAUCCAAUCAGAACAUUCAAGGGAUGGUGAAAUGGAUGACAGUAGAGAAGGUGAUCUUAUGGAUUGUGAUGGGAAGUCAGAUUCUAGCCCUGAGCGUGAAGCUGUGGAUGAUGACACUAAAGGUGCAGAAGGAACCGAUGGAGUGAAAAAAAGAAAAAGAAAACCAUAUAGACCAGGUAUUGGUGGUUUCAUGGUACGCCAAAGAAGUCGAACUGGGCAAGGAAAAACGAAACGAUCUUUGACCAGAAAAGAUUCUUCAGGCUCCGUUUCUGAACAACUACCUGUCAGAGAUGAUGGUUGGAGUGAACAGUUACCAGACACUCUGGUUGAUGAAUCUAUUCCUAUCUCUGACAGCACUGAGAAAAUAAAGAAGAGAUAUAGAAAAAAGAAAAAUAAACUUGAAGAAACUUUCCCUGCAUAUCUGCAGGAAGCCUUCUUUGGGAAAGACCUUCUAGAUACAAGUAGACAAAACAAAUUGUGCCCAGAUAACCUGUCAGAAGAAUCAGCAUCUCAACUUGCAUGUAAAACUAAUAUGAACACAAACUUUUUAGAUCCUACUUCUGACCCCCUGCUCAGCUCAACCUCAACUCCAGUGAAACCAGGAACUCAAGCUAAUGCUGAUGACCCAUUAGCUGACCUCUCAGAAGUAUUAAACACGGAAGAUGACAUCCUAGGAAUACUUUCUGAUGAUUUAGUAAAAUCUGCAGAUCAUUCAGCUGGCCUAGAUAUUGGUUCCAUCUCUGAUGAUCCUUCCUCUUUGCCUCAGCCAAACGUUAAUCAGAGUUCACGGCCAUUGAGUGAAGAGCAACUAGAUGGCAUCCUCAGUCCUGAACUAGACAAAAUGGUCACAGAUGGAGCAAUUCUUGGAAAAUUGUUUAAGAUUCCAGAGCUUGGAGGUAAAGAUGUUGAAGACUUGUUCACUGCUGUACUGAGUCCUGCUACCACUCAGCCAGCCUCACUGCCACAGCCUCCACCACCACCACCACAGUUAAUUCCAUUACAUAAUCAGGGAGAUGGUGUUUUUUCUCGUAUGCCACUUAUGAAUGGCCUUAUUGGACCUAAUCCUCAUCUCCCUCAUAAUUCUUUGACUCCUGGAAAUGGAUUAGGAACCUUCUCUUCUAUAACACAGUCCCCAUAUACUGAUACCAGGGAUAAAAAUCCUGCCUUGAGCUCAAUGGGGAAUGAUCCUCAUAGUUCUUGGCCCUCAUCAGCCCCAGCUAUGGAAGGAGAAGGUGAUACUUUGUCUAACACCCAGAGAAGCACUCUCAAAUGGGAGAAAGAAGAAGCUUUGGGCGAAAUAGCAACCGUGGCACCUGUUCUCUAUACCAACAUCAACUUUCCGAACCUCAAGGAAGAAUUCCCAGAUUGGACCACAAGAGUGAAGCAGAUUGCUAAAUUGUGGAGAAAAGCAAGUUCUCAGGAAAGAGCUCCAUAUGUGCAAAAAGCCAGAGAUAAUAGAGCUGCUCAGCGUAUUAAUAAAGUACAGAUGUCAAAUGAUUCCAUGAAGAGGCAGCAACAGCAGGAUAAUAUCGAUCCUAGCUCUCGUAUUGACUCAGAUCUAUUUAAAGAUCCGUUAAAGCAGAGAGAAUCCGAACAUGAGCAGGAAUGGAAAUUCAGACAGCAAAUGCGUCAGAAAAGUAAACAGCAAGCAAAAAUUGAAGCCACACAGAAACUUGAACAAGUGAAAAAUGAACAGCAGCAACAGCAACAGCAGCAGCAACAGCAGUUUGGUCCCCAACCGCUCGUAAACCCGUCUGGGUCAGAUACGCCUAGCAGUGGGAUGCAAAGCCCUUUAACGCCUCAGCCUGGCAAUGGAAGUAUGUCUCCUGCACAGUCAUUCCACAAAGACCUGUUUACAAAACCACAGCUUCCCGGACCCCCGACUACAGCAGCUUCAGAUGAUGUAUUUCUAAAGCCCCAAGCACCACCUCCUCCCCCAGCCCCUGUCCGCGUCGCAGUUCAGGAAGCCCUUCCUCAGACUCAGACACCUCAGUCUCCAUCACCGCACAUAUUUUCAUCAGGUUCUUCAAGCGCACGGCCCCCGUCUCCAGUCGAUCCUUAUGCUAAAAUGGUAGGAACCCCUAGACCACCUUCGGGUGCUCAGAACUUUCCUAGAAGGAAUUCUGGUAUAUCAGCGGAAACCUGCACCACUCCCUUAUCUCGAAACAUUCAAGUAACUGAGACAACAGCAAGUAGGCUUUCUUCUGUCAGGGAUGUAUGUUCUUCUUCAUCUGGUAGUGAUCCCUAUGCAAAACCCCCAGACACACCCAGGCCUGUAGUGACUGAUCAGUUUUCUAAACCUUUGGGUAUACCAAGGUCUCCCAUUGUCAUGGAACAAACUGGAAAAAGUCCUGUAGCAGCUGGAGCUAAUGAUCCUUUCGCUAAACCAUCUCCUAGGACUGACAGGUUUCAAAGACAACGGAUAGCUGAUCCAUAUGCACGACCUCCACUGACACCUGCUCCUGUUGAUAGCAGCACUGGACCUUUUAAGCCUCCAAUGCACCCACCUCAAUCCCCACAAGAUCCGUUCGGAUCAGUGCCACAAACACCGAGACGAAUGUCUGUCGACCCCUAUGAAAGGCCUGUUCUGACACCAAGGCCAGUAGACAGUUUUCCUCAUAAUCAGUCUAGUGAUCCAUAUAGCCAGCCUCCCCAUACUCCUCAUCCUGUAAUGAAUGACUCUUUUGCCCACCCUUCAAGGUCUUUUUCUCAGUCUGGAGCUAUGUCCAGGCAAACUUCUCAGGACCCUUAUUCCCAGCCUCCAGGAACUCCUCACCCUCUUGCAGAUACUUUUUCCCAAUCCUCAGGAACACCUCGACCCAUUAAGGACCCCUAUUCCCAACCUCCUGCAACUGCACGGCCUACCACUGUUGAUCCAUAUAUUCAGCAGUCUUCUACACCCAUAACAUCUUCACAGACAGAUUUAUUUGUUCCAUCGCCAGGUAAUCAAAGGCAUACUGAUCCUUAUGCUCACCCUCCUGGAACACCAAGACCUACCAUCACUGGUCCUUAUUCACAGGUAUCAGCACCUCCAAGACCAGGCAUUCCAGAAAGUUUUGCUAGAUCCCCCUUGACAAGACCAGGUCUUGUGCCAAAUCAAGAUACUUUCCUUCAGGCAGCACAAAACAGAGGGCCAACUUUACCUGGAACUUUUGUAAGGCCAUCAGAUACAUGUUCUCAAACACCGAGGCCACCAGGUCCUGCUUUGUCAGAAACCUUUAGCCAUGUUCCACCUUCCCCAGCUCAUGACCCUUACGAUCAGCCUCCAAUGACUCCAAGACCUCAGUCUGAUUCUUUUGGAACUAGUCAAAUUAGCCAUGAUGUUGUUGAUCAACCAAGAACAGGAUCAGAAGGGAAUUUUAAUGCAUCUUCAAAUUCUCCAAUGAGUUCUCAAGGACAGCAAUUUUCUGCUAUGCCCCAAAUUCCUGGUCCUACCCCAACUUUAGCCGGAACAGAUACACAGAAUACCAUAAACAUGUCUCCAGCAGAUACAGAAAAGCUCAGACAGAGGCAGAAGUUGCGUGAAAUCAUUCUUCAACAGCAGCAACAGAAAAAAAAUGCUAUCCGGCAAGAAAAAGGAUUACAGGACCCUGGGUCUCUGCCACAUUGGCAACCAGAAAAUCUCAACCCAAUUUUUAAUAGGCCACCACCUCCUUAUCCUGGGAAUAUUCGAGCUCCUGUUCCACCCGGUGGACCUCGAUUUCCUCUUUUCCCAAAAGAACAAAGAGGACCAUUUCCUUCUGAUGUUACUGGCAUGGGAAUGAGACAUCAUGGGCUGAGAUUUGGAUUCCCAGGUGGGGGCCAUGGUCCACCAUCAAGUCAGGAACGUUUCCUUGUGCCUCCUCAGCAAAUUCAGGGCCCUGGAGUUCCUCCACAGCUUCGAAGAUCCAUGUCCGUAGAUAUGCCCAGGCCCGUGAGCAACUCACAGAUUAAUAAUCCAGUUGGAAUUGCUCAGCAUUUUCCACCACAGAGUAUGCAAGUUCAACAGCAUAAUAUACUCGGUCAAGCAUUUAUUGAAUUGCGGCACCGGGUCCCUGAUGGAAGACCACGGCUUCCCUUCAACAUUUCUGCUAGCAAUGUCAUCGAGCCAACUUCCCAACACCAUAGGCAUGGGAACCUUAUACCAAGGCCAGACUUUCAAGGUCCAAGACACACAGAUCCAGUCAGGCGGACACCCCAGUGUGUAACUAAUCAGUUACCAAUAUCUACAAAUUUGGACCACAUACCACCAUCUCAACAAGAGUCAGGCCAAACUGUCCAUCCAUCUUCUCUGGCCAUGCGUUCUCUGAGUCAUCCCCCAGGAAAUGAUUUUGUGGGGACUUCUCUGCCAACUCCAGUAUCAGCUGAUGAAUCUAGUAAUUUACAAAUGUCCAGCCAGCCACCUGAUAGCUUAGAAGAAAAGCUUGAUCCUGAUGAUCCCUCUGUAAAAGAUCUAGAUGUCAAAGAUCUCGAAGGGGUUGAAGUCAAAGACUUGGAUGAUGAAGAUCUUGAAAAUUUAAAUCUGGAUCCAGAGGAUGGCAAAGGAGAUGAAUUAGAUACCUUAGGUAAUCUGGAAACAAACGAUCCCAAUCUUGAUGAUCUCUUAAGAUCAGGAGAAUUUGAUAUUAUUGCAUACACAGAUCCUGAACUUGAUCUGGGUGAUAAGAAAAGUAUGUUUAAUGAGGAGUUGGAUCUCAGUGUCCCAAUUGAUGAUAAAUUGGAUAUGCAGUGCAAAACUGAUGAACCAAAAAAGAGUGAAAACAUUGGCAAGACUGUAAUCUCAUCUGACAGACGUUCUCCAAAGAAAAAAUCUACUAUGAUCAGUGAGAUAAAAACAGAAGUACUCUCUCCAAAUUCACAAGAGGAAGCAAAAUCUGAAAAAGAGAAAAGUGAGAACAGUGCAAAUACUGCCUGUACUCAGCUUUCUACAGAAACUGAGUUAAAGGGAGGAGAAAAGACUUCUUCAACAUCUUGCAAUCAAGAUUUAAUUGAUAAUAGGACUAAUCAGGAAACUGUUGGGUCAAACACAAAUGUACAAGGAUCCACUCAGAUGCCUACUCAAGAUGUAAUAAGUGCCUGUAGCAUAACUGAAUCAACUCCAGUCCUCUCGAGUUUACUUGCUAAUGAGAAAUCUGAUAAUUCUGACAUACAACCAUUGGCAUCUCCUCCACCUUCUUUGCCAGCUACUCAAUCUAAUCAUGUGUCAAGUUUGCCUACAACUUUAAUGCCGCCUUCUGGACCAGUUUUAGACCACACGAUGAAUUCUAAUAUGACUGUGGUCUCCAGAAUGAACCAUACUUUUUCUCAAGGUAUGACUGUAAAUCCAGGAUUUAUCCACAGUCAGCCAGCAAAUCACAGUUUUGGGACCGGACAACCCAACAAUCAGGCUGUCCCUGUAGCAAAUCCAUCUGGUACCCAGCAAUUACUCCUUCCUCAGGCAUUAGCCCAGCAGAAUAGAGAAAGACCUCUUCUUCUGGAGGAACAGCCACUUCUUCUCCAGGACCUUUUGGAUCAAGAAAGGCAGGAACAGCAACAGCAGAGACAGAUGCAAGCCAUGAUUCGCCAACGUUCUGAACCAUUCUUCCCCAAUAUUGAUUUUGAUGCAAUCACAGAUCCUAUAAUGAAAGCAAAAAUGGUAGCUCUUAAAGGGAUUAAUAAAGUAAUGGCUCAAAACAAUAUGGGGAUGCCACCAAUGGUUAUGAACAGGUUCCCUUUUAUGCCUGGGACACAGAGUGGUGAAGGCCAGAAUCUUCCCCAGCAGGCAAUUGCUCAGGAUGGCAGUUUAACACCUCAGAUUUCUAGGCCUAAUCCUCCAAAUUUUGGUCCAGGAUUUGUCAAUGAUUCACAAAGAAAGCAGUAUGAAGAGUGGCUUCAAGAGACCCAACAGCUUCUCCAGAUGCAGCAGAAAUAUCUUGAAGAACAAAUUGGACUGCACAGAAAAUCUAAGAAGGCUCUCUCUGCUAAGCAACGCACGGCCAAAAAAGCUGGCCGAGAAUUCCCAGAAGAAGAUGCAGAACAACUGAAGCAUGUUACAGAGCAGCAGAGUAUGGUUCAGAAACGGCUAGAACAGAUUCGAAAACAGCAAAAAGAACAUGCUGAACUCAUUGAGGAUUACCGAAUCAAGCAGCAACAGCAGUGUGCAAUGGCUCCACCUGUCUUGAUGCCAGGAGUCCAGCCUCAGCCCACAAUGGUUCCUGGAGGGUCACCAGCAGCAAUAAGUCAGCCAAAUUUUCCCAUAGCAUCACAGCAACUUCAACACCAACAGCAUACACCUAUUAUACCUGGUCAGGCCAAUCCUGCGAGAAUGCCAAAUUUACCAGGUUGGCAGCCUACAAGUACCCCUCCUCGCCUCCCUCUAAAUGCUUCAAGGAUGCAGCCUCCGAUGCCUCCAAUACCAAUAAAGACUAAUGCUCCGGCCCCAGGGUCUACUUCAAAUUCAAAUUCACAGAGUGGCCCACCUCCCAGAGUAGAAUUUGAUGACAAUAACCCCUUUAGUGAAAGUUUUCAAGAGCGAGAACGUAAGGAACGUUUACGAGAGCAGCAGGAAAGGCAACGAAUUCAACUCAUGCAAGAAGUGGACAGGCAGAGAGUUUUGCAGCAGAGAAUAGAAAUGGAACAACAUGGCAUGAUUGGAUCAGAAUUGAAUAAUAGGUCUUUGUCCCAGAUUCCAUUUUUCAAUUCUGACUUACCCUGUGAUUUCAUACCACACUCUAGACCUCUUCAGCAGUCUCCACAACAUCAACAGCAAAUAGGACUACAACAGCAAAAUAUGCAACAGGGAUCUGUUAAUUCACCCCCCAAUCAAACUUUUAUGCAGACCAAUGAACGGCGGCAUAUUGGCCCUGCCCCUUUUGGACCUGAUCCACCAGUUCUUAGUGGUGGUCCAAGUUUCCAUUCUGUCAAACAACCACAUGGAAAUCUUUCUGGCAACAAUUUUCCACAAGGCCAAAUAAGGCCUUCCUUUACUCCUGGGAUGCCCACAGCACUGCAGACAGCUAAUACUGGUCCUCCAUGUGGUCAAGAGACUACUGUGCCUCAUGUACAAAACUAUCCAGGAUCAAGCCAGUCUCUUAUUCAGUUGUAUUCUGAUAUAAUUCCAGAAGAAAAAGGGAAAAAGAAAAGAAUAAGAAAAAAAAAGAAAGAUGAUGAUGCAGAGUCAACAAAGGCACCGUCAACUCCACAUUCAGAUAUAACUGCCCCACCAACUCCAAGUAUUUCAGAACCUACCUCAACCCCAACAGUGGUCACACCCAGUGAGCUUACUCCUCAUCUGGUAGAGCAAGAGUCAGCAGAACCCUUGGGCUCAUCAACUACUAAUGAGGAGAUAAAUCAGCCAUCUUCAGAACUGGAAGAUAAUCUCUCCAGUAGUGGUUUUUCACAAAGGAAUCCACAUCAUCAGUCCACUGCAGACUCAGAACCUGUAAAGUUCACCUCGGAAAUCCCUAAAAAUAUUCAAGAAAUUAAACUGGAAAAGGCUGAGGCAGAACAGUGCCCUGGCCAAACUGAGCCCAAACUGGAGGAUCAAACUGGCAUUAAAACAGAAGAAAAGACUGUCUCAUCAGCCCAGAGUCCAACCCAGUUAGUGAGUGUCCCUCCCUCAAAAGGAGAUUCAGGGAAUGAACUUUUGAAACAUUUAUUGAAAAAUAAAAAGACAUCUUCCCUUUUAAAUAAAAAAUCUGAAGAUAGCUUGAGAUUAGAAGAAGAAGGUUCUGGGAAUAACAAAUUAAUAGAAAAGCACAAAUCAGCUGAAGGCCUGCCAACUCCAGGAAAUCAGAUACAUGGUGGCCUUGAAUGUGGAAAUAACGUGCAGACCAAAACCGAUGUACUAAGCGAAACCAAGAAACAACGGAGCAAACGAACUCAGAGGACUGGAGAAAAGGCAGCACCUCGUUCUAAAAAAAGAAAGAAGGAUGAAGAGGAAAAACAAUCUAUUUAUUCUAACACUGACACAUUUGCCCACUUGAAACAGCAGCUCUCUCUGCUUCCUCUAAUGGAACCAAUCAUUGGAGUGAAUUUUGCCCACUUUCUUCCUUAUGGCAGUGGCCAAUGUAAUAGUGGAAAUCGCCUUCUAGGAACUUUUGGCAGUGCCACCCUUGAAGGGGUCUCAGACUAUUAUUCUCAAUUGAUCUACAAGAAUAACUUAAGUAACCCUCCUACACCUCCGGCUUCUCUCCCUCCUACUCCUCCUCCUGUGACCUGUCAAAAGAUGGCAAAUGGCUUUGCAACCACUGAGGAACUUGCUGGCAGAGCUGGAAUGUUAGUGGCCCAUGAUGUUACUAAAGCUCUUGGGCCUAAACAGUUUCCACUGCCCUUCAAACCACAGGAUGACCUCCUGGUCAGAGCUAUGGCCCAAGGCCCCAAAACUGUGGAUGUUCCUGCUUCACUUCCAACGCCUCCUCACAACAAUCAAGAAGAGUUAAGGGUCCAGGAUCCCUGUAGUGAUAGGGACACUCCUGAGAGUUUUGUUCCCUCCUCUUCUCCUGAAAGUGUGGUAGGAAUGGAAAUAAGCAGGUAUCCAGACCUGUCAUUGGUCAAAGAAGAACCUCCAGAACCUGUCCCAUCCCCUGUCAUUCCAAUUUUGCCAAGCAGCAGUGGAAAAGGUUCAGAAGCUAGACAGAAUGAUGUAAAAGCUGAGCCUAGUUCAGGCACCCUAUUUUUCACGUCUCCAUUUGGCCCAUCCCAGAAUGGCCCUAAAUCUGGCCUUAUAUCUGUGGCAAUCACUCUACAUCCCACGGCUGCCGAGAAUAUUAGUAGUGUUGUGGCUGCAUUUUCCGACCUUCUUCACGUACGAAUUCCUAACAGUUACGAGGUCAGUAAUGCUCCAGAUAUUCCUUCCCACGUGGGCUUGAUAAACGGCUCUCGCGUAAGUUCUGGCUUAGAAUAUCGGCAACAGUUACUCCCACAUGCUCCUCCACCAGUAUCCAUGAGCCAUGGAAGACUAGUAGCCUCUUACAAACUCAAACAACCAAAUAUGCCAUUUCCUCCAACAAGCAAUGGUCUAGCUGGUUAUAAGGAUCAUAAUCAAAAUAUUACUGAUAACUCUGCACUCAGACCACAAUGGUGUUGUCAUUGUAAAGUGGUCAUUCUUGGUAGUGGUGUUCGGAAAUCUUUUAAAGCUCCAGGCUUUCUGAAACAGGAUUCCCAAGAAAGCUCUGAUAGAGGGGAAAAGGACAUUGUAUUUUGUAGUAAUAACUGUUUCGUUCUUUAUUCAACAACUGUACAAGGAAAAAACUUAGAACACAAGGAUUCGCUCCCUUCCUUGCCACACUCACCAACAAAAGAGCUGCCCCCUAAAGCAUUCCAUCAAUACAGUACCAACAUCUCCACCUUAGACGUCCAUUGUCUCCCACAGCUUCAGGAAAAAGUCUCUUCCCCAGCAUCACCUCCCAUUACUUUCCCUCCUGCCUUGGAAGCAGCCAAAGUAGAAACAAAGCCAGAUGAACUGAAAGUAACAGUAAAAUUGAAACCUCGCCUGAGAGCCAUCCAUAGUACUUUUGAUGAUUGUAGACCACUAAGUAAGAAAUGGAAAGGGAUGAAAUGGAAGAAAUGGAGCAUUCAUAUUGUAAUUCCCAAGGGCACUUUCAAACCACCUUGUGAAGAUGAAAUAGAUGAGUUUCUGAAAAAACGGGGCACUUCCCUGAAACCCGACCCUGUGCCUAAAGACUAUCGGAAGUGUUGCUUCUGUCAUGAAGAAGGUGAUGGGUUAACUGAUGGGCCUGCCAGGCUGCUCAACCUUGACUUAGAUCUCUGGGUCCAUUUGAACUGUGCUCUUUGGUCCACAGAGGUCUAUGAGACACAAGCUGGUGCCUUAAUAAAUGUGGAACUGGCACUUCGGAGGGGCCUACAAAUGAAAUGUGUGUUCUGUCACAAAAUGGGUGCCACUGGCGGUUGUCACAGGUUUAGGUGCACCAACAUUUAUCACUUUACCUGUGCCAUUAAAGCACAAUGCAUGUUUUUUAAGGAUAAAACAAUGCUUUGCCCGUUGCACAAGCCAAAGGGAACUCAUGAGCAAGAAUUAAGUUAUUUUGCAGUUUUUAGGAGGGUCUAUGUCCAGCGAGAUGAGGUUCGUCAGAUAGCUAGCAUUGUGCAGCGUGGAGAACGUGACCACACUUUCCGAGUGGGAAGCCUCAUCUUCCACACAAUUGGUCAGCUGUUACCACAGCAGAUGCAAGCAUUCCAUUCUUCUAAAGCUCUCUUCCCUGUUGGAUAUGAAGCCAGCAGAUUAUACUGGAGUAUGCGGUAUGCAAAUAGACGCUGUCGCUAUUUAUGUUCUAUUGAGGAGAAGGAUGGGCUUCCCAUGUUUGUGAUCAAGAUUGUGGAGCAAGGCCAUGAAGAUCUUAUUCUUACUGAUACCUCUCCUAAAGGUGUUUGGGAUAAAAUUCUGGAGCCUGUUGCAUGUGUUCGAAAAGAAUCUGAAAUGCUUCAGCUCUUUCCUGGGUAUUUAAAAGGAGAAGAUCUAUUUGGCUUAACAGUCUCUGCCGUGGCAAGAAUAGCUGAAUCACUUCCUGGGGUUGAGGCAUGUGAAAACUAUACCUUCAGAUAUGGCCGAAAUCCUCUCAUGGAGCUUCCUCUUGCCAUUAACCCCACGGGCUGUGCCCGUUCUGAACCUAAAAUGAGUACCCAUGUCAAGAGGUUUGUGUUAAGGCCUCACACCUUGAAUAGCACCAGCACCUCGAAAUCCUUUCAGAGCACAGUCACUGGAGAGUUGAAUGCCCCUUAUAGUAAACAGUUUGUCCAUUCUAAAUCCUCUCAAUACCGCAAAAUGAAGACUGAAUGGAAAUCCAAUGUGUAUUUAGCGCGGUCUAGGAUUCAGGGACUAGGCUUAUAUGCUGCUAGAGACAUUGAAAAGCACACCAUGGUCAUUGAAUACAUUGGAACCAUCAUCCGAAAUGAAGUAGCAAACAGAAAAGAAAAACUUUAUGAGUCUCAGAAUCGGGGUGUGUACAUGUUCCGCAUUGAUAACGAUCACGUCAUUGAUGCCACAUUGACAGGAGGGCCCGCAAGGUAUAUCAACCAUUCAUGUGCACCUAAUUGUGUGGCUGAGGUGGUGACAUUUGAAAGAGGACACAAAAUCAUCAUUAGUUCUAAUCGGAGAAUCCAGAAGGGGGAAGAACUUUGCUAUGACUAUAAGUUUGAUUUUGAAGAUGACCAGCACAAGAUUCCAUGUCACUGUGGAGCUGUAAACUGCCGAAAAUGGAUGAACUAGAAUGCAUUCCUU